AUGUCUGGUAGAGGAAAAGGUGGUAAAGGUCUAGGAAAAGGUGGUGCUAAGCGUCACAGAAAGAUUCUAAGAGAUAACAUUCAAGGUAUCACUAAGCCAGCUAUCAGAAGAUUGGCCAGAAGAGGUGGUGUCAAGCGUAUCUCCGGUUUAAUCUACGAAGAAGUCAGAGCUGUGCUCAAGUCUUUCUUGGAAUCUGUUAUCAGAGAUGCUGUUACUUACACUGAACAUGCUAAGAGAAAGACUGUUACUUCUUUGGAUGUUGUUUAUGCCUUGAAGAGGCAAGGUAGAACCUUGUACGGUUUCGGUGGUUGA